UAGCAAGGCAAUAAUGAUUAUUAUGACGAGAAGGUUGCGUUCCCUUCAAAACAGCAUGUUACAACAUGUUCUGUGAACGUAAAACUCAGUGCUUCAACGACGUAAAGCUUGUUUCAACAAAUCAUGUCCCGCCUCUUGUGGUACUUGCCCCCCCAUCACGUGCUCUAUCCACGGACACGUAGUUGUUUGACUUGGAGAAAGAGAACCUCCGUAGCCGCUCUUAUGUCCAAGUCCUCCCGGCGGCAGAUGCCCCCGCGGCAGAGCAACGACUGUGACCGGCUGAAGCGGUUGUGCCUCCUCGGUGCGUUGGUGGCCGCGCUGGCGCUCGCGUUUUACCUGAUCAACGUCCCCAAUGCGAAGCGCGUCCAGGUUGCAGAUCUGAACAAAGAUAAGUGGUCCCACAAACCCACCAAGUACACUGCGACUCAAAUCCACCACCUGGCCUCCCAAGUGGAUGGAAGUCGCCUGUGGGACGUUCACCUGAGGCCUAUCCUGAUAAAGAGGCUGCCCGGGACUCAAGAAAGCAAGAUUGUGCGGCAGCACAUCACAGCCACUCUGUCCGCCCUGUCCGCCAACUGGGAUGUAAACCUGGACCCCUUUUCGGCUGCCACCCCAAAAGGACAAGUUACAUUUACAAAUGUCAUCGCCAUUCUGGACCCUUUGGCACCUCGCAGGCUGCUGCUGGCAUGCCAUUACGACACCAAAGCACUGCCUCCGGACAACCGGGCCUCGCGGAGGGAGUUUGUCGGGGCCACUGACUCGGCGGUGCCCUGUGCCAUGAUCCUGGAGCUGGCUGCUGCUCUGGAUAAUAAGCUGAAGUCUUUCAAAAAACAAAAGCCUCCAGUAACCCUGCAGCUCGUUUUUUUUGACGGGGAAGAGGCAUUUGGGAAAUGGACCGCCACCGAUUCGCUGUACGGCUCCCGUCACCUGGCUGAGCGCAUGGCCGCCACACCUCACCCUGCGGCCGCCGUGUCCACCACCCAGAUACAAGCUGUGGACCUCUUUGUGUUACUCGACCUGUUGGGUUCUCCCAAUCCACUGAUAGUGAACCACUUUGAAAACACGGCACGCUGGUUCGCCCAUUUGAUCGCUACAGAGAAGCGCCUCCAUCGUCAAGGUCUGCUGGCGUCGCACCCCUCAGAGCAGACCUACUUCAGGAAGGACUUAAACUUUGGACUGGUUGAGGACGAUCACAUACCUUUCCUUCGGCGAGGCGUGCCUGUUCUCCACGUCAUCGCCACGCCCUUCCCGGACGUCUGGCACACGCUGGACGACACCGAGGAGAACCUCCAUCGUCCCACCGUAGAGAAUCUGACCAAGAUCAUGGCCGUGUUCCUGGCCGAAUAUUUGGGCUUAUGAAGGCCACUUCUGAAUAGCUCUGAGGGUACUUGAAUUUGCACGUCAGCGGCGAGACGGCUGCUGAAAGGACGUCGCCCUUCAUGGAGCAACGAGGACCGGAGUGAGAAAGUGACGUUGUCAACUGGACACCAUCUAAAGAUCUACACACUGAUAUCCAAGGUCAAGUAUGACUGCUACUGCCUAAAUGUCAUCAAGAACAAUUGUGAUUUUUUUUUUUCGACAAGCCCUUAGCAUUACAUGUCAUCCUAUGUCGAUGAGAUGCACUCAUUACAUUUUUUGGGGGUCAAUGUCUUAACACUGAAAUGCAUUCGGAAAACAAAUUGAGCAUUUGACCGACUCCACACCGAGGAUCACGGCCGCCAAGUUACGCUAUUUAUUGUCCACACAGGAGGCACACCGUUUCAUGUCGUGUGCUUGGUUUCUUAUUUUCCGUCGAUGGUAACUGCAAUACAUGACGGGGCACUGGCCAAGUACGGCCCGUUUGAUGGUUUACCAUGGUUUUAAAAAGUUACGGUUUUUAAUGACUACGAAUGGGUCUGCUCGAAAAAUAGCUCACCGGUGAUGGGACGACACCCACCGCAAAAAAUUUGAUCAGAAGAACGGUAACAUUUAAAUUAUAAUGUGUUACACCUUUCUUCUUUGCUAAAUAUUUUAGAUUUUGUUUGCCC